UAUGCUCUGGCCAUAGAUUUGAUAAGGUAUGUGCUGCCCAUCAUCAUAUUUGUUGGAACAUUUGGAAAUGUAAUGAGUUUUUUGAUCAUGGUACAAAGAGAAAUGAGACAGACAUCUACAUUUUUCUACUUGGCCACUCUAGCUGUGGCUGACACUGGAGUUUUAUACAUCAGCGCAUUCAAAACAUGGAUAACAGUACUAACUGGAUAUGAGCUACUUCACCAGAGUGAUGCUGCCUGCAAGAUCUUGAUUUUUCUAACCCAUUUCUUUGUCCACUUCUCUGCCUGGCUGAUUGUUGCCGUUACAGUAGAGCGCUUUUUGGCAGUGUGGUUUCCCCUCCGAGCCACAACAAUGUGCAGUUUGGCUAGGGCAAAAUUUGUCACAGUCAUAAUUGCUAUGAUCUUCAUCUUAAUCAACAGUCAUAUAUUCUGGACAGCUGAACUUUACUCAUUACCUAGUGGUCAGGUUAGAUGUAUGUCCUAUGCUUAUGAGAACCUUGUCUGUAAAGUCUUUCCUUGGAUAUAUCUUAUUUUGUACUCCUUCCUCCCUGUGUUAGUAUUGUUUUUAUUCAACACUUUGAUUAUUGUAAGCCUUGUCAAGAACAAACCCUUGUUUCAAGCCAUGACUAAAACUGACCAACAGAUGCGCUAUGAUCACCAAAAACUAGCUAUCUGUUUACUUGUCAUUUCCUUCACUUGGAUCGUCACAACUAUGCCUCGACCGCUUUACCGAUUCUUUAUGGAGAAACCAAAAAAUAUAGAAAAACAAGCAGAAGCAGUCUUUGUCCGAACCCUCUGCUUUAUGCUAAUGUACAUUAACCAUGCUGUGAAUUUCUUCAUCUACGGACUUACAGGGCAGAGAUUCAGGAUGGAACUGAGGCGUUUUCUUUGUCGUGUUCACCUUAGAAAACAACAGCCCAAACCAAGACUGACCUUUAAAUCCAGUGGGAGUGGUUCUGGCCAGGAAAGUUCUUUUCCUCUCGUCAGCACACCUCAAACUGAGAUGGCCACCUUUGCAUGA